AUCACCACAUUUCCUUGUUUUCACCGUUCACGUUCGCAUCCAAACCCUUUGAGACAUUGCUCUAGCCUUUGGACUACACCGCCUUUACCUCCCGCCCUCAAUCAAGUAGUUAUUACGCAGUGCGAAAUCAUGGGUCUCGCAAGCAAAAUGGCAGCUGCCCAAACACAGGGUGCCCCACCUCCUGGUGGUGCCCCUCCAUACCAACAACCAUAUGGCCAACCGGCACAGCAACCGGGGCAAUACCCCGGAUAUCCCCCGGCCGGUGCUUCCCCCCAAGGCCCGGCUUAUGCUCAACAGCAAUAUCAACCUUAUCAAGGAUAUCCACCCCAAGGUCAACCUCCGCAUGGACAACCUCCCUAUGGUCAGGCUCCUUAUGCCGGUGCUCCUCCAUAUGGACAAAGUCCAGCACCAGGUUACGGAGCUCCACCUUCAGGCCCUCCUCCAGAUGCCAAUAUUCUUUUGAGCAUUCUCAGGGAAGCAGUAAAGGAAAAAGGUAUCGAGAACAUGUACCCGGAAAACAGGCUUGUCGGCAUUGCAAAUGACAUGGCCAAGAAGGACCCCGUCAAUGCCUUAUGUAAUCAUUGGAAAUUGCCGAAGGAGAUUGGGUUCGACUUUGUCAAGCUUGCCUUGUUCGACGUCGUCUUUCUGUUGGAUGACAGCGGUUCUAUGCGCUUUGGUGAGGGCCUCAUUGACGAAUUAAAGUUUAUUCUCUCCAACGUUGCUUUUGCUACUGGGCUCUUCGACCAGGAUGGAUUUUCCGUACGAUUUAUGAACUCCAACGUACAAGGGGACAAUAUCAGGACCGAACAACAGGCGGCCGCUCUUGUUGACCAAGUGAGAUUUGAGGAUGUAACACCCUUAGCUACCUCGUUGAAGAACAAGAUCCUGGAUCAAUUCAUCUACGGGCAAGAACAACGGAAUAGUCUAAAAAAACCUGUCCUCGUUAUCAUUAUCACCGAUGGCAGGCCCACCGAUAAUGUCCACGGAGAAUUUCAACAAUACAUCCAGUCGGUUUCUUCUCAUUUCCGCGGGAAAGGGGUUGUAUCGUUCCAGAUUGCCCAAGUUGGGAACGACAAAGGAGCCCAACAGUUCCUCUCAGAAUUAGAUAACGAUAAGGCUAUUGGAGGGCUCAUCGAUUGCACAUCCAAUUUCGAGCUUGAAUCUAUGGAAUUCAGGAAGAAAGGUGUCGAGUUGACAAAACACCUCUGGUACACUAAGUUGCUCCUUGGGAGUAUCGAUCGCAGUUAUGACAGCAAAGACGAAGAUAAGAAAGCAGCCAACCCCCCAGGAGCCCCUGGAUCGGCGGGUUAUCCGGCUCCCGGAGGUGCCCAGCCAUACGGCCAACCUCCAGGAGCAUAUGGCCAACCUCCAGCAGGAAAGCCGGGACAGUAUCCACCACAACAGCCCUAUGGUGCUCCUGCUGCACAGCAGUACGGAGGAGGCUAUCAGCACCCACAAGGACCGCAACCUGGUUAUGGAGCACCUCAUGGUGCUUCACCCCCAGCACCUGCAUAUGGUCAGGCACCAUAUGGUCAACAGCCCGGCUAUCCACCCCAGGGCCAACAAGGAUAUCCACCUCAGGGCGGAUACGGAGGGCCAGCGCCGCCAUCGCAAUACAACCCGAACGCCGCAUACGGAGUCCCUCACAAGAAAUAAGAGAAUGCGCUUUCCCCUCACACUCGGCAGUUUUUUUGUGGAGCAUUUUAUUUAUUUAUUUUUUUCCCUCUUAUUCGCGGUUUUAAGUUUUCAGUUCUCGGUUUGAAAAAUUUCGGUUUGAGCAUUAUAAAAGCUAAGGUAUUGUGCCACAGGCGCUUUGGGGAGGAGAUGCGUUAUUUCGUUAGUCUAGUACUUGCUGUGUUUAGCCAUCAGAUAUGUUUACUUAGGGCCUCCAAAUUACUAGGAUUUCUUUCACUCUCUCCCACAGAAAA